AUGAUGGUGAUUAAGUACAGAAUUACAAAGAGGGCCAAAGCAAGUGCAGGAUGCCAACCCCACAUAGCUCCCCACGCCCAGCCCUAUGCCCAGCCCCACGCCCAGCCCCAUGCCCAGCCCCACAUCCAGCCCUAUGCCCAGCCCUAUUCCCAGCCCCACGCCCAGCCCCACGCCCAGCCCCACGCCCAGCCCUAUGCCCAGCCCUAUGCCCAGCCCCACGCCCAGCCCCACGCCCAGCCCCACGCCCAGCCCCACGCCCAGCCCCACGCCCAGCCCCACAGCCCCACGCCCAGCCCCACGCCCAGCCCCACGACCAGCCCCACGCCCAGCCCCACGCCCAGCCCACGCCCAGCCCUACGCCCAGCCCCACGCCCAGCCCCCCACGCCCAGCCCCACGCCCAGCCCCACAUCCAGCCCCACGCCCAGCCCUACGCCCAGCCCCACGCCCAGCCCCACGCCCAGCCCCACGCCCAGCCCCACGCCCAGCCCCACGCCCAGCCCUAUGCCCAGCCCCACGCCCAGCCCCACGCCCAGCCGCCCAGCCCUAUGCCCAGCCCUAUGCCCAGCCCCACGCCCAGCCCCACGCCCAGCCCCACGCCCAGCCCCACGCCCAGCCCCACGCCCAGCCCCACGCCCAGCCCCACGCCCAGCCCCACGCCCAGCCCCACGCCCAGCCCUACGCCCAGCCCCACGCCCAGCCCCACGCCCAGCCCCCCCAGCCCUGCCCAGCCCCACGCCCAGCCCCACGCCCAGCCCUAUGCCCAGCCCCACGCCCAGCCCCACGCCCAGCCCCACGCCCAGCCCUAUGCCCAGCCCCACGCCCAGCCCCACGCCCAGCCCUACGCCCAGCCCCACGCCCAGCCCCCCAGCCCCACGCCCAGCCCUAUGCCCAGCCCACGCCCACCCAGCCCCCCUAUGCCCAGCCCAGCCCCAGCCCCAUGCCCAGCCCUAUGCCCAGCUCCACACCCAGCCCCUGCCCAGCCCCACGCCCAGCCCUAUGCCCAGCUCCACACCCAGCUCCACACCCAGCCCCAUACCCAGGCCCAUGCCCAGCCCCACACCCAGCCCUAUGUCCAGCCCCAUGCCCAGCCCCACACCCAGCCACACACCCAACACCAGGUCUCAGCUGAACAAGCUAAAGCUGCUCCAUGA